UUUCAACUUCCUUCUGCUCCUUUUUUUUUCUUUAUUAUUUUUUUUUCUUCUGUCAAUGUUCGACAUUUUUGCAGGUGGAGAAAAUAGAAUAAUUCUACCCAGCUAUGUCUACCCACUACUUUUAGUAGCACCUAGUAUUUUAUUAGCCGCGAUCGUAGCUAUACCAAACAACAAACUACCAAGUUGGGUUAAGCAAUGCUUGUCAGUCCCUUUACUCUUGGCAGUCUUUCUUAUACCUUUUGGCUUUACGAACGGCAAUAAAGUAUUUGACUUGACGGCAAGCGUAACCAGCUACAACUUAUUUCUUAGACACCUUGAAUUAUAUUGGAUAGGUCCUCUUAUUCAAGGCAAGCCUGUAUAUGCUUCCCUUGAAUCACUCUGGAUUGAAUUUUGGAGUUGUUUGUGCACAUUCCCCGAAAAAAACAAACAAGAUAAGGCAAAGGCAUAUGCUAAAGACAAAAAAUUCUAUCAUAUUUUAUUUUAUUUGCUUAUCCAUCUCUUCAUCACUGACUUGCUUGCAAACUGGGCUACUUCAUUUACAGGCCAAGAGAUUGUCAUUAUGGAACAAGAGCGACCUGUCACUUACUUUAUUUAUGUCUUGACUUGUAUUGUCGUUCUCAAUAGUGCAUUUAAUGUCAUUGGUUAUAGCCUUCAAUUAUUUUAUUGUCUUUGUUUCGAACAUGGUUCUUGGUCUUCAGAGCAAUGGCGUCCCUUGAUGAAAAAUCCAAUUCUCGCCAAUUCACUGAAUGAUCUUUGGUCUCAUCGCUGGCAUCAACUAUUCAAAACCACUUGGCUUACUCUUCCUUUUCGACCCGUUCGUCUUCUUCUAAUGCGACUAUUAACCAAGCGUAUCAAGAACCCCAAACCCAUCGCCUUUAUGGCAGCUUCUCUUUCAGUCUUUGUAGCAUCUGCAUUUAUGCAUGAAUAUGCAGUGGCUGCUAAUUUGGGAUGGCGUCUUUAUAGCCGUGUAUUCAAAGGAGAACAGUGCAUUUUCUUUAUAGGACAUGGUAUUGCUGUCAUCAUUGAACAGUUCAUCAAGACCAUGUUGAUACCCAGCCAACUCAAACGGUCUAGUUGGAUGCAAUUGUCAGGACAUGUCUGGACUGCAGCGGUGGGUUAUGUGUCGUUUUAUUACAUUGCGCAUGGAUUCUUGUCUUGGGGAUUUCAGUUUGAUAAUCCUAUCACAUUCAUGCAACCAUAUAUAAAACACUAUGUGUAUGCUCACCCAAUCUUACAUUCUUAUUUUGGAAGUCGUUUUUAGACAAGAAACUUUAAUAAAAUG